AUGAUGGGCGAUGAGGCGAGAAACGAGAAAGGUGUUGAAAUCGAGGGUGAGGAUUUUCAACGCCCGAUGGGCUGGGUGCGGCGCACUUCCCAACAGGUCGAAUAUGCAAGAGGAGCCUUUAAGAAGUAUGGCAAGUUCCCCCAAGUCUGCGCAGUCCCCCUUGUCUGCGCACACGCGUAUCUGCGCGAUUCUACUAAAAGAAGAUACGCAACGAGCACGAACUUUACACAUGCAAUACAUAGACAGGUAUUCAUAAAAAAAUCCGACUCAAAAUCAGAUGAUGUUCCUCGCCUGUUUACAUUUGAUGCACAUGCUAUACAACGCGGGGCACGUUUUGCCGAGUUAUUUGAAAGCGACGAGAUCGUAGAAGAUUUCAACGAGGUCGUUGAACUAGAUGAUGAAAGGGUGGAAGAGGUCGUGUCUCAGGAUCUGGUAGGAAAGUUGGUGGGUAACAAAUGGUUUCGUGGUCUCAUUCUCGGUAGUAUCAUAGUAAACGCUAUUCUCAUUGGAGUACAGACCAACCAAGAUCUGUCUCAGAAGUAUGCUUGGCUUUUCUUCAUCUUCGACUACACUGUCUUGGGAAUUUUCGUCUGUGAGUUGAUGCUCAAAUGGUAUAAUGGGUUCACCAUCUACUGGAAAGUUGGAUGGAACAUUUUUGAUUUUUUCAUCAUUGUCAUCCUCCUACUUGGACCGACUCUCAAAUUCUUAGGAAGCAAUCGGAACUUGAGAAUCCUGAGGGUACUUAGAGCUUUCAGAAGUCUCAGGAGUGUGCGUACCUUAACCGGUCUCUCCAUUGUGCUGCAGACUAUAAUAAAAUCGAUUCCGGACAUGUCGAACAUCGCCCUUUUCCUUGUCAUCAUCAUGCUCGUUCUCAGUGUCUUGGGUGUGUUCCUCUUUGGCAAUGAUUUCCCAACUUACUUCGGCAAUCUUCCAUCAGCCAUGUUUACUCUCUUCAUCUGCUUAACCCAAGAUGGAUGGAUGGGGAUAUUCGAUAAAUUUAAGAACACUAAUCUGUACAUGCUUGGAGCUUUAUACUUCAUAUUAGCCAUCACAGUCGGGGCAUUCAUCUUCGCUAACCUUGUCGUCGCCGUGGUCGUCACAAAUUUGGACAAAGCCGUCAAGGAGAUAAAACUUGAUAAGAAAAAGAGAGAAGAUCUGUUAAACAAUACGAAAGCACACCACGAAGAUGAUACCGGUGAGCAUAAUGCUGACAAUGACUUGCCGAUCACAAGUGUUGGAGAGGUUUUGGAAAAAACAGACUUGAGUAUUCAGAAGCCGCUACACUUCGGGGAUUUCAAGUAUCUGACGGCAGAGAAAUUUCAGAACUACAUGGUCCUCAUCUCGGCUCUUGAGGACAACCUUGCUGAAUAUAAGACGAUCAGAGAUGACCUCGAUAAGUUAUUUCUGCUGAUCAAGGAAGUGAACGAAUUCGAUGAUACAGAUGAUCAUGACCAACCCGCAUCCGGAGCAGUAGCCCCAGAAACGGUAGACUUUGAGAGAAUCGGGAAAAAGGGAGACAUCCUUUCCAAUCUUCUGGAACUGGAACAGCAUGACCUGAUCUCCACGCGCCAAGGGAGCCUCUCUGAUCUAAUCAAAGAUGCAGCACGCCUGGUCCCGGUCCCGACCAGCAAAACUCUUAGCCAACCCGCACACUUCACAUCACAGCACUCCUCUAGAGAUACCAGCAAACCCAAAAGCAAGACACACCUAGGAGAUUCAGGGACAUCCUUGAAGAUUAACCAUGAUGGAGUGAGCACAGGAACGUCACAGUCUCAAGAUCGAAUGGCUCCCAGGGUCGGGGUGGAAGAACAACCAACAGCAUCGACACGUGGUGUGAUUACGGAGGCCACAGUAUCCAAUGCUGAAGACAGGUCCAUCACACCCGAGUCGGAGUCCAUCUCCAAGAAGCCAGAGUCAGAUUCCGGGUCUAUCCCAACAGAACCCGAGUCCGGGUCCAACCCACCAGAGUCCUGGCAUCCAAGUUCAGAGUCUUUGACAUCCGAGACGGAGCCCCGUUGGGCAGUCCCACGACACAUACCAAAGUCAAUGCCGCCAUCUUAG